AUGACGGAACGAACACGCUCCGUUUACGAGUCUUUGAGCAGGAGGAAACUAGUUGACGGUGACAAUGACGGGACCAAGGUGCUAGUGAGCGACAUUGUGACGGUGAAUCAAAACGGAACCGGGAAUUUCACGACGAUAAUCGAAGCUGUUACGGCGGCGCCGAAUAAAACAGACGGUACCGCCGGUUAUUUCGUUAUCUACGUGACGUCAGGUGUUUAUGAGGAAAAUGUAAUGAUUCCGAAAAAUAAAAGGUAUCUUAUGAUUAUUGGUGACGGAAUUAACCGUACGGUGGUUACCGGUAACCGGAACGUUGUCGACGGUUGGACCACUUUCAACUCCGCCACUUUUGCCGUGACAUCGCCGAACUUCGUAGCCGUCAACAUGACUUUUCGAAAUACCGCCGGACCGGAGAAACACCAGGCCGUGGCAUUGCGAAAUAGCGCCGAUCUUUCAAUCUUCUAUAGUUGCAGUUUCGAAGCAUAUCAAGAUACUUUAUACACACAUUCAUUAAGACAAUUCUACCGCGAAUGCGAUAUCUAUGGAACAGUCGAUUUUAUAUUUGGAAACGCAGCAGUUGUGUUCCAAAACUGUAAUCUCUAUCCGCGACAACCAUUGCCAAACCAGUUUAACGCUAUUACGGCUCAAGGUCGGACCGAUCCGAACCAAAACACAGGAACUUCGAUCCACAAUUGUACGAUUAGACCAGCGGAUGAUUUGGUUUCGAGUAACUAUACGGUUAAAACGUACUUGGGACGACCGUGGAAAGAGUAUUCAAGAACGGUUUUCAUGCAAUCGUAUUUGGAUGGUUUUGUUGAACCGGUUGGUUGGAGAGAGUGGAAUGGAGAUUUUGCAUUGAGUACGUUGUACUAUGCUGAGUAUAACAAUACCGGUUCUGGUUCAAAUACUACGGACCGUGUGGUUUGGCCCGGUUACCACGUGAUGAAUUCUACCGAUGCGAAUAAUUUUACCGUUUCGAAUUUUUUGUUUGGAGAUGAGUGGAUGGUUCAGAGCGGUGUGCCUUAUACGAGUGGUUUACUUUCGUAA